AUGGCCCAGCCGGUUUCAGCUCAAGCCGUGCCUAAAACAAAGACGAAGUCCAAGCAGAGGUAUCUCAAAGCCAAGAAGGACCGUCGCAAGAAGCGUAAAUCCACCGCUGCAGUUGUUACCACCUUCCCCCACGCGACACAAGCCGACUCUCACUCAAGUGACGCGAGCAGCGACGAAGAGGGCGGAGAUGACGCUCCAUCAUCACCCACACCCGCGAAACGCACGCACACGGAGGACGGUAGACCGAAGAAACGGCGAAAAUUGCACACAGAAGAAGCACUUCCCAUUCCCGCUGAGGUACAAGACGAGGAAGAGGACGAGCCGGUCGUCAAAUCUUCUCCGCCUCCCGCAAGAUCCCCCACUCCACCCGUCGCGCUCCCUGCAUUUCCCCAGCCCAGAAAACCAGAGGCACCGUCGAAGUCUGUUCUCGCUCUCCAAGGUCUCGAAAGGGCCCUCAUCGAGGCGGAGGUUGUCGAUCCCGCCACCAUUCUCAAGCUUGAAGUUUCGCUGGAGGUGGAGGACGAGCGGACAGGACUGAGUGGGAAGGUGAGGAGGAGGCUGCAAGAUCUGGGCAUUACGGAGCUCUUUGCUGUGCAGACCGCCGUUGUCCCAUUAUUGUUGGCAAAACCUGGCUCGCGCUCGCUCUAUAGGCCCUACGACCCACCGGAAGACCUUUGCGUGUCUGCACCAACGGGAAGCGGGAAGACACUGGCAUAUGUUUUGCCCAUUAUCGAAGUUUUGUCGUCGCGAAUGGUCACUCGACUACGGGCACUGGUGGUGUUACCCACAAGGGACCUGGUCGUUCAAGUCCGAGAGACUUUUGAGGCGUUAGCGAAGGGUCGCGGGCUGAAGAUCGGGACUGCCACCGGGCAACACUCCUUUUCACACGAGCAGUCGCAGCUGGUCGCUGACAAAAAUACUGAUCUGCAGGGGGGAUCAAGCAAGAUUGACAUCCUUAUUUGUACACCCGGACGGCUUAUUGAUCAUUUGAAUGGCACACCGAACUUCUCAUUACAGCACCUGCGCUUCUUGGUAAUCGAUGAGGCUGACCGCCUCCUCGCCCAAUCGUUCCAAGAUUGGCUGACACAAGUGCUCACCGCUACUCGUCCUCCGGAACCAUCGGCGUUUGGCACCAAUGACGCGUUUACAGACUCCUCUCGAAGUGGGCGACCUUACGCCGAUGCGCUUGCUCCGGGUUUCCGUCAGCUUCUCAGGGUCUCACCCCAUGUCCAAACGGACUUCGAGGACAAGAAAGAACCGUCGUGCCAAAAACUCCUCUUCUCGGCAACACUAACGCGAGAUCCCGCCAAGAUUUCUGCGCUUGGCUUGCGUCAACCGAAGUACAUCGUUGUGCAGAGGCCCAAGGUCGCUUCAACCAAAGCAGAGGGUGUGUUGGACUUUGUCAUGGAGAAGUUCACCAUGCCAGCUACGUUAACCGAACACAUGGUGGUGUGCAACUCCGCGACGAAACCUCUCAUGCUGUUUCAUCUCGUGCAUUCCCGCGACGUCAUUAAUGCGCUGGUGUUCACGAAGUCAGCGGAAUCCACCACGCGCCUUGUGCGUCUUUUCGGGUUCUUCGAGGAGGAGAUGCGCAAGGGAAAGGAAAGCUGCGCCGUGGUCGCACGCGCGUAUUCCUCCGACCUUGCCCCGGUGGAACGGAAGUCCAUUCUGGAGCAAUUCAAGGACCAAAAAAUCCACAUAUUGGUGUGCUCCGACCUCAUCUCGCGUGGCAUCGACAUCAGCCACGUCUCGCACGUUGUGAGCUACGAUGUUCCAGUGGACUUCCGCAAGUACGUCCACCGUGUGGGUCGUACGGCACGCGCAGGCCGCGCAGGCGACGCCUGGACUCUCGUUGAGGAACAAGAGGCGCGCUAUUUCAAGAGCAUGCUGAGGGAGGCGGACCAUCUGGACAAGGUGAAGCGCCUGAGGGUGUCAGAUGCGGAGGUGGAACCGCUCAAGCCUGCGUACGAGACGGCGUUGAUGAAUUUGAAGGAGGCCUAUGCGCGCUCGGGGUGA